CGCCCCGCCCCGCACAGCGCGCCCUUUUACGAACGGGCGGCGGCCGCAGUGUGCUGGCUCGGGUUCGUCCCGCGCUCCCGGGCUCCUUCCGCUGCGCUAGCGCGUCUCUCCCGAGACCGUGCCUGCCCUGAGGUGAUUCCCUGUGUCCGGCGUUGAGGGCAGGAGCGGCCCAGCCGCGCUCGCGGCGUAUCCCGAGGCUGACGUCGCCAUCUCCUGAGGGAGGGAAGUGCUGAUCCCGAUCCUUGCCGUGGGCGAGGUGCAUGCGGACGGGGCACCGGGAAAGGACUGGCUGUGCCCUGGGCGUAUAGCAGACACUGGGAAUUGCUUCUCCUUGGUAUCGCUUUUCCCCUAGGAGCGAGAAGGAUGGAUGAUGCCGCAGGGGAGCUGAAGCAAGCGCUCCCAAACGUGUGUGACAACGUUCAGAUCCAUGUGGAAGUUCAUCAGAAAUCGAGCAGUGUGGCCAAGAAAGAAGAUAUUAGGAUGAGUGUCCUAAAGCUGUUGAACAGACAUACCAUCGUGUUUGGUGAUUACAAGUGGACAGAGUUUGAUGACAGUUUCCUUAAGAACAAUGUGCAGUCUGUGUCGAUUGUGGAUACGGAGCUGAAGCUGAAAGACAGACAGCCUAUUGACUUGAGCAAAAGCAGUCUUUCUCUGCAUAUUUUUCAUCUGAAUGAAGAAGGACCAACCUCUGAGAACCUGGAAGAAGAAAAUGAGGAUAUCACUGCAGCUCACCACUGGGUGCUGCCAGCAGCUGAAUUCCAUGGCCUUUGGGAAAGUCUCAUAUAUGACAGUGAAGUAAAAGCAAACUUACUUGAUUAUGUGACAACAACAUUAUUAUUCUCUGACAAAAAUGUCGACAGCAACCUGAUAUCAUGGAACAGAGUUGUUUUGCUGCAUGGCCCUCCUGGAACUGGGAAAACUUCUCUCUGUAAAGCAUUGGCUCAGAAGCUGACAAUUCGACUGUCAUACAGGUACAGGUAUGGACAGUUAAUUGAGAUAAACAGCCACAGUCUUUUCUCUAAAUGGUUUUCUGAGAGUGGCAAGCUUGUAACCAAGAUGUUCCAGAAGAUUCAAGAGUUAGUUGAUGACCAAGAUGCUCUUGUAUUUGUACUGAUUGAUGAGGUGGAAAGCCUCACAGCAGCCCGCAGUGCCUUCAAGGCAGGCACAGAGCCUUCAGAUGCUAUUCGUGUGGUAAAUGCUGUACUGACACAAAUAGAUCAGAUUAAAAGGUAUCCCAAUGUAGUUAUCCUGACUACUUCAAAUAUUACGGAGAAAAUUGACAUGGCCUUUGUAGACAGGGCUGACAUAAAGCAAUACAUUGGACCUCCAUCUGCUGCAGCAAUAUUUAGAAUAUAUCUUUCUUGCUUGGAAGAACUGAUGAAGUGUCAAAUAAUAUAUCCUCGACAGCAGCUUCUGACACUCAGAGAGCUAGAGAUGAUAGGCUUCGUAGAAAAUAAUGUCUCAAGGCUAAGCCUUGUACUAAAAGAAAUCUCAAGUCCCCCAGUGUUACAAUGACAACAUUUCUUCAGGCUCUUUCACUUGCAGUAGACAAACAAUUUGAAGAAAGAAAGAAACUUGAAGACUGUGUGUGAUACUCUACUGUUUUUUAGUUGACUGUUGUUAUA